CGGUCCACGGUUUAGUCAGUGUGACGCAAGCAGAAGAGGAGGAGGACGCAGCAGCAUCUUCCAUACAGCUUGCCAUCGUCGUGUAUACAGGACACCACGACAUCCAUAGACCGUUGUUAAGAAGGAAAGAUAUCAAAUAAAGACGUUCGUUCGCGACCCAUAGGAUGACAAAAGAGGACACCGCAGAGGUGGAGGAGGCCCAGCCAGCCUCUGAGUACCAUAGCCCAGUUCUGGAGGCCCGGAAGCGGCCCAUGGUCCACCCAUCUGCCCCAGCUCCACUCCCAAAGGACUACACUUUUACAUUCUUUGAUCCAAAUGACCCGGCCUGCCAGGAGAUCCUCCUUGACCCCCGCACCACCAUCCCAGAGCUCUUUGCCAUUAUCAGACAAUGGGUCCCGCAGGUGCAGCACAAAAUCGACAUCAUUGGCAAUGAGAUCUUGAAGAGAGGUUGCCAUGUCAAUGACCGGGAUGGACUGACAGACAUGACCUUGCUGCACUACAGCUGCAAGGCUGGUGCCCAUGGAGUCGGCGACCCUGCCGCAGCCCUGCGUCUGUCCCAUCAGCUGAUCACCCUCGGCGCUGAUGUGGGCCUGCGCAGCCGGUGGACCAACAUGAAUGCUCUGCACUACGCCGCCUACUUUGAUGUGCCCGAGCUCAUCCGUGUCCUGCUGAAGGCCUCCAAGCCAAGGGUGCUGAACUCCACGUGCAGUGACUUCCACCAUGGGACUGCCCUGCACAUCGCCGCCUCCAACCUGUGCCUGGGAGCGGUCAAGUGUCUGCUGGAACAUGGGGCUAACCCCACUGUCAGGAACGACAAAGGCCAGGGCCCCGCGGAGGUGGUGCCGGACCCCAUGGACAUGAGCCUGGACAAGGCAGAGGCGGCCAUGGUGGCCAAAGAGCUGAAGCAGCUCCUGCUGGAUGCUGUGCCGCUGAGCUGCAACCUGCCGCGUGCCACUCUGCCCAACUACGACAACAUCCCCGGCAACCUGAUGCUGACCUCGCUGGGGCUCAAACUGGGAGACCGCAUCCUGCUGGAUGACAUGAAGCUUUCCAAAAAAUCUUGCAGUGAUGUCUCCUCUUCUCUGCACCAUGCGAAGCAGACUGGAACACUGCGCUUUUGCGGGACAACAGAGUUCGCCAGCGGGCAGUGGGUGGGCGUGGAGCUCGACGAACCCGAGGGCAAAAAUGAUGGGAGUGUUGGAGGGGUGCGCUACUUCAUCUGCCCCCCAAAACUGGGGAUUUUUGCCCCUGUGUCUAAAAUCACCAAAGCCACAGAACAGACCCCCUCUUCCGUCACCUCCACCCCUAAAACCCCACGCAUGGACUUCUCCCGUGUCACCGGUAAAAACAAGAAGGAGAAGAAGGAGAAGGAGAAAGAAAAAGCUCAACGAAAGAAGUCCCUGUCCACUGGGUGCCUGGACCCUGAAGGAGUUAAGAUAGAGUUGGGGGACCAGGUGCUGGUAGCUGGACAGAAGCAAGGAAUUGUACGCUUCUAUGGAAAGACAGACUUUGCUCCAGGAUACUGGUUUGGGGUAGAGCUGGAACAGCCCACUGGGAAACAUGAUGGCUCAGUUUUUGGGGUCCGCUACUUCAGCUGCCUGCCGAAGUAUGGAGUCUUCGCCCCUCCAUCCCGUGUGCAGAGGAUUGGUGGACCCAAAGACUCCCAGAGCGAUGGCACACUGGUGAAGAAAGUUCACCAGGUCACUAUGUCCCAGCCCAAGCGUAACUUCGCUGCAAUGAGAACACCCAAGGACAUCACGUCGGAGAGCUCCAUAUCCAGGUUACUGUUCUGUUGUUGGUUCCCCUGGAUGCUGCGUGCUGAGAUGCAGUCUUAACCGCACCCUUCCUCCUCCUCAUCUUCCUCCUCUGCCUCCUGGACAGGCCAACUACUCUCUUCCUCUCAGCAUUUGUCCAUCAUUUCUGCUUUUUCUCUGAGAACCAACCAGACUGUUGCUGUCAAUAUAACCGUAGUGAACCACCACCCCCUUCGCCCCUCACCUCUCGCCCCCCCAAGCCCCUGUUCGCAAUCCUAUAGCAAAAUCUAGUGCCUUGUAUCUUAACUAACGUCCUGCAUUCCGUUUGUUACACUAACAAAAAAACUUCAAAAAAGAAAAAAAAAAAUAGUUGGGGGAACAGUACAAAGAGCAAAUAAUAUAUAGAGAACUCUAAGUUUUAUAAGUUUCCCGUUUGUGAAUUUUUCUUCUUUGGUGUUGACUCUUAAUGUUAAUUGUUGCCAAAAUCAUCUGAACAGUCAGACAAACUAGCAAAAUGCUAACUUAAAAACAUAUAUAGAGAGAGCUUCCAUGAAUAACAGCUCAAAUUAACUGUAAUGCGACCAGGCCUUGCUUCUGAUGUUUCCGUGAGCAUACAUGCUGGUAUUUUUUUUAAUUGCUGUUUCUGAUUUUCCAUGUAUGCGCUUCAAGAUACAAAAACCUGUUUAUGACCACAUUUAUAUUAAUUCCCCUGAGCUUCUCUUAGCAGCAGGUAGAACCUGGCUUGUGCUGUUCCAUACAGAGAUCUGAGCAGGAGUCAAAAAAUGGUGCCCAAAAUUCAAGACACCCUUUGCAUUCAUGGUGUAGAAAACAGCUUUUAUUACACAUUUAGCUCAUUUUACACAUUUUCUUCAGCUUAAUUAAGUUGCUAUAUUAAUAUAAAUAAGCAUUUUCAGCUGUUAUUAUGUCAGGUUCUACCUUUGUGAUGUUUGGCACCUUUAACAAAAUUAUUAUUUUUGCCUUUUUCAGUGACCAGAACAAAAAAAAUCUUCAGGAACCCCUAUAACACAGCUACCUAAUAACUUUUUCAACUGAAAUGUAAGUGCAAAUUUUAAUUUCUGUAUGGAUUUAUUUUAAGCCUUAUAAAACAAUCAUUGUUAGGGGGGUCCAUGGAGAAUGGCCAUUCAUGUUUAUACAAAGACAAAUAGUCUUUCUCAGCAGUAAUUUAAUUGUAUAUUAAAUUACACAAAAGAUGAACUUCCUUCCACCAAAUUUCAUGUGAAAAGUUUCAUUUCUGUGUAAAUCUACAUGAAACAGGAAUGAAAUACUCAGCAUGUUAAGCAGCUUUUAUCAGUACAAUCUGCCCACACACACACACACAGUAUUUUUCUGGUAGAUGUGGUGACAAAUCAAUAAAUAUUCCCCCAAGAAUUAAUAUGUUGUCUUUUGCUCUACCAAAAAAUAAAAUAAAAUAAAAAGUUAAAAUAAAAUAAUAAAAAUGUCUGAGUAGCUGUCUAUUUGUGAGAGCACCUGGCUUCCCAGCAGACUUGUACAGGCUUACACAUCGCUACACUAUGGUGACAGCAUUAGCUUCGCAGUCUCUAGCCCUUCUGUGACUCAUGAGACUGUACAAUCAGUCGCUUCUUGCCCCAGAAUUGCCACCGGCAUUCUGGCUCUGCAAGUAGCACCCGCCGGUUAUGCAGCGCUACUGUGAGCUCCCUUGUUGCGCACUACCCAUGUUAAGCUUCGGUAGGUCCAGUGAAUAUGUGCUUAGAAAUAAACUCUCUCCUAUUGCCGUCAAACGUCUUUAUCACUGUGCUUGUGGAGAAACGGCAAUUCCACCUCUGUGUUAACUGGUAUUGUGAACAUUGCUAGUGAACUGAGUACUCACACCAGGCCAGCACACCAGAAGGGAAGGGGAAUCUCAUUCAGACACAUACAUGUAUUGGUGCUGCAGUGAACAGCAAAGGUGGGCCUGAAUAUUGGUUUCAAUAUCUGAAUUAGUUCAAUAAUUUUCCUGUAAAAAAAUCACAAGUAGUAGUACUUGUACAGUAGUACGUUUACAGUGCUGCUGUGACAUUGCUAAAAGCAACCCAGUAAAGGUGUGAAAGCUUAAUGUGCAACAUAGGAUAAUACUUCUUAGGGUAAGUGUUACCCCUGAAAGUAGUUCAGCUGGAAAUAUAUGACCAGCUCACCUUUUGAUAGGGGGCUCAGCUGGGCCAGAGGUACCAUUCACGGUUUUUAGGAAACAAGAGGCAGCCAUCUGUAUAAAGAUGAGUCACCUUCAUAUGUCAGAGAGGAUAUUUAAAAUUGUGUACAUUUGUAUUUUUUAAUUUACUUGAAUGUUGGCUCCUCUAGAUCUUUGUGUGAUAUGUUUCACCGUUAUAAUGAGGGAUUGCUUUCGGCUCCUGUUAAUAUUUUUGUGGUAAACUUGUUCUGUGACACAGAGGUUUCUUGGAGGUUGCCUAGGUGUCCUUUCAUGUUUCAACUGUUACUUUACUGAGCAAAUGACAGGCACUACAUGCAUAAAAUGACUAACUACCAUGUCUAACAUGGAGCAAAUAUUCCUUCUUGGUUUUCUUUCAUUUUGGUCGUAUAUAUAUAUAUAUACAUAUAUAUAUAUAUAUUGCUGGAAAUACAUAUAUGUCUGAAGCUUUUUUUGAUUUUCUUCUCAAGUAAAGUUUUACAUUUGAGCAAGAAAGGAAUACAAUACCCAAAACAGAUCAUGAACCUGUUACUUGGGUAGAUAAGAUGCCUUCUUAUUCCAAUAAAACAGAAUUUCCACUGCUUUAAUUUUAGAUUUAACCCUAAAUAAUGUUUAAAAUGUGGUACAUCACUUUCAUCACUUGACAGAUCCAUUUCUGAAUGACAGCCUCGGAAUCUUUCAGUAGUCUUUUCCUUCAGCUGUGUAUAUGUCAAAGUUUGAUUGUGUUGGUUUGUACACAGAUUUUUGCUGAAAUAACUGAACAAUAUCUGAAAAGUCAUGGAUUUUAAAAUGUCCUGAUCAUGGUUAUCUGUGAAAUUAUGCUCUUGUUUGUGGUUUCAGGCAAUUGGAUUUUUGUGCUCUGUCAGCAAAUAUAGAUAUAUAUUAAUAACUUCACUAAGUGUACUUUUAAUUUAUUUACCUUUACGUGUCUAUUCUUAUGCCAGUGUAAAUUGGCAAGAUUACAAUUUCCACAUAUUAUUUAUUGAAAUUUUAACUAUCCUCUGUUCAAUAGAAAGAUAGUUUGUGGGGAUUGUACCGUUGAAAUUAGUACUGGUGUCUCUGAAAUUCAUAUUUACUUGUCAAAUACUGCAUGCUCUCAGCAUCUUCUGUCUUUUUUCAAAGGUGUAUUUCAGCAUGAAAAUGCUUACAGUUAUUAAUACUGACUGAAUAAUAAAAGUAACUUUGAUGUGUGUUUUGUAAA